GCACAAUUGCUAACGAUGUUCGUGGGGACUUGGAAUGUUGGAGGGAAGUCACCGCACCAAGGUUUGAACUUAACAGAUUGGCUAAGGACACCUGCCCAAGCUGACAUCUAUGUUCUUGGGUUCCAGGAGAUCGUACCCCUCAAUGCAGGCAACGUGCUUGGCGCAGAGGACAACGGUCCAGCCGCCAAGUGGCUCUCCCUCAUUCGCCAUGCAUUGAACAAUGAUAAAAAUGAACUAGAAAUUCCACAUUACUGCGACAAUGCCAUUUACCCUGAACUCAACGAUGAACCACCACCACCACCACCAAGUCUAAAACCAAGAGUCAGCUCCUCUGAUUUGCUCUCAUUAGAAGAUGAACAUUUCCAGAGAUUCUUAAGCUUGAAUCUGAACCCUAAUUGUAGCGAAGACGACCCACCGAGCCCAAUUAUGCAGCAUCAAUAUUGCCUAGCAGCAAGUAAGCAGAUGGUAGGCCUCUUUCUAUGUGUGUGGGUACGCCGCGACUUGUAUCGGCAUAUUAGCAAUUUGAAGGUCUCAUGUGUAGGAAGAGGCAUCAUGGGGUACCUAGGAAAUAAGGGAUCGAUAUCUAUUAGUAUGACACUGCACAGGACUACAUUCUGCUUUGUUUGCACUCAUUUGGCCUCUGGAGAGAAAGAAGGGGACGAAAUCCGACGAAAUUUGGAUGUGACGGAGAUAAUGAAGAAAACAAGGUUUUCUCAUUCAUGUAGAGUAGUAGCCGGGAAGCCGGUUCCUCCGGAAAGCAUUUUGGAGCAUGACAAGAUCAUUUGGCUUGGAGAUUUGAAUUAUCGACUUGCAUUUAGCUAUGAGGACACAUAUGAGCUGCUGCUAAAGAAGAACAAUUGGCAAGCACUUCUUGAGAAAGAUCAGUUGAGAAUUGAACAAAGAGCUGGCCGCGUAUUCAAGGGUUGGGAAGAAGGGAGGAUUUAUUUUGCUCCGACAUACAAAUACCUCGCCAAUUCUGACAAUUACGUCGUCCAAACAUCUGCAUCGAAACAGAAUAGACGAACUCCUGCCUGGUGUGACAGAAUAUUGUGGAAAGGUGAAGGUCUGAAGCAAAUGUGCUAUGUGAGGGGUGAGUCCAAAUUCUCAGACCACAGACCAGUCUAUUCACUAUUCUCAGUCCAAGUCAAUGUGGCCAACAACCCCAAGCCCAUUAGGCCUGACUUUUUAAAACAGCUCACAACAAGCCCACCACUACCUACUGGGUUCUUCCCAUCAACAUUGUGUGGCUAA